AUGCAUAUAAACGACGUCCUGGACAAGGCCGACAUCGAGCAACGACUCAUCGAGACGACCGGGCAAUCAUUCGACAAGCUGUUCAAGACCCUUUUGCUCCAUCAAACGUCAUCAACCGAAAUUUUCCAAACCGUCAACAACAACGGCGGCAACAACAACAACGACAACGACGACAGCCACGAAACAUUUCUCGAUCGACGCUAUCAAAACUAUGAACAAUAA